AUGUCCUCAGAUCCUGCACAUUCCGAAAAGUCGUCUUCAAAGGACGCUGAAAAUUUACCAAAGAUUAAAUCGCACACAGAUCUUGAUGUCCCCGACGGUGGAUUUGGUUGGCUAGUCGUUGUAGCAUGUUUCAUUUAUAAUUUCUCCACCUGGGGUGCCAACUCCAGCUACGCGAUAUUCAUUGAAAACUAUAUCAACGAUGAUACUUUUGGUGGCAGAGAUGACAUCCAUUUUGCGGUGAUUGGCGGUCUAACAUUCGGAUCAGGUUUGCUUUUUGCCCCCAUAAUUACUUGGUUUUAUCGCCAAUUUGGAGUGCGAAUAGUAAUAACCUUUGGAAUUAUACUUCAAGCCACAGCUUUUAUGUUGGCGGCAUAUUCCAAAUAUUUGUGGCACUUAAUCUCACUCAAGGUGUAUUACUUUCGUUCGGCCUCGCCUCUAUUUUCAUCCCCAAUAUGACGCUAAUACCUUUUUGGUUUCGCAAGAAAAGGGCACUGGCCAUGGGGAUUGCCACCAGUGGUAGCGGAAUUGGCGGUAUUAUUUUUAACCUCGCAACUCAAAAAAUAAUUGAAAUGAGAAACGUAAAAUGGGCACUGAUAUUCCAAUUCAUCAUAUGUUUGGCACUCAAUACAGUUGCUCUCCUUUUCACGAGAACGAGAGAAGCAACAGGCACCCCAAAAAAAGUGGCCAAUAAAAUACAAAUCUUCGAUAAGGACCUAUUUGGCACCGCUGGGUUCUGGUUGUUACUCGGCUGGGUAUCAUUUACCAUGCUUGGUUAUGUUGUGGUGCUGUUUUCCUUAUCCGAUUUUACAGUAAGUCUUGGAUACACUGCCAAACAGGGCUCAUAUGUUACCUGCAUGAUAAGUGCCGGUUGGACAGUGGGUCGACCAAUCAUUGGCUACCUAUCUGACCGCUUAGGGGUUCUAACUGUUGGUUUUAUUGUACAUUCUAUUUUGGCCAUCCUGUGUUGGGCCAUGUGGAUUCCUUGUCAAAAUUUGGCCACUGCUAUUGCUUUUGCCUUAUUGCAGGGGAUAUUGAUGGGCACAAUUUGGGCUACAGUGGGCUCAAUUACUGCUAGGGUAGUGGGACUUCAAAAAAUGAGUGUGACGUUUGCCAGCGUGUGGAUAUUUUUGGCUGCAUUUGGGAUAGCCUCGUCUAUUAUAGGUUUUGAACUGGUCUCCAACAGUGGUUAUACGAAAACGGCCAUCUUCAGUGGGUUCGGAUAUUUUAGUGGCGCAGUGUGUCAAUUGAUUCUGAGGGGUUAUAUAGUGGCCCGCGACGAAGUGGCCAUGGCCGAUGCGAGCAAAGAUGACGCAGUUGAAUUACAAUUUAAGACCAAUCCAUUUACGGUCUUUAAGUCGAUGUUCAAAAUAAGGCACUUGUCCCGAAAGGUCUAG